AUGGGGGCCAGGGGUGAAAUGAAAGUAGACUGCGUGAGGUUUUCUUUGAUGGUGAUGUUGACGACCAAAAACGGGAUAUUCAGUGUACGGUCAGCAUAUCAUCUUAAGAUGCACCUCAACUCAGCAAGAACUGGAUCAGCUAGUUCGUCGUCCAGUCUAGAGGAUCACAGGGGUUGGUUGGCCCUGUGGGCGGCAAAUGUCCCUGGGAAGGCGAAGAUCCAUGUCUGGAGGCUGAUCCGGAACGGUUUGGCUGUUGGUGACGAGUUGCGGAGAAGAAGGAUCGAGAGCGGGAUGUGGUUGGUGAGAAAUGAGGCGAGGGAGGAGGUGCGGAUUGCCGCCCCACAUGCGAUCGUACAGAAAUCGUUCUUCCUGAUCGAGGAGUGGCAAGGGAUUAGGCCGGCGGGCAAGUCGGGUUCGGUACAGGUGACGGAGCACUGGCUCCCUCCUGCUAGCGGCUGGACAAAGCUCAAUGCUGAUGGUGCGUUCUCGGAAGCUUACAUGGUGCCCACCAAUAAGAGCGCGCCACGCGCUGCCGCUGACGCUCUGCUCUCACGCGUCGUCUUCCACGAUGGCCGCCUCGUCCAUCGGCCGGACCCGAAGCACGCCCUCUUCUCGCUCGCCUACCUCCCCGUUGGCUUUGCCCUCGCCUUGCUCCGUGUCUUCAUCAGCCUCUACGUCCCACGAGGCCUCGUCCGCCACGCCUACCGUCUGACCGGCAUCCGCCUUGCCGUCCGCGGCAUCCCACCGCCGCCACCUAGCCAUGGAACCCCGGGAUCCCUCCUCGUCUGCAACCACCGCACCGCCGUAGACCCCAUCAUGGUGUCCAUCGCGCUGGGGCGGCAGGUGACGUGCAUGACCUACAACGUGAGCGAACUAUCAACGGCCAUCUCGCUGGUCCCGACGGUGGCACUGACGGGGUACCGCGAGGUCGACAAGGCGCGCAUCGCGGCGCUGCUUGAAUCCGGGCGUGACGUGGUGGUGUGCCCGGAGGGGACGACUUGCCGGGAGCCGUGCCUGUUGCGGUUCUCGGCGCUGUUCGCGGAGCUGACGGACUGGAUCGUGCCGGUGGCCGUAGAUGCGGCGCAGAGCACGUACUACGGGUCGACAGCGAGGGGGUCGCAGGCCAUGGACCCGUGGUUCUUCUACAUGAACCCGCGGCCCGGGUACCGGGUGACAUUCCUGCCGGCGCUGCAGCCCGAGGAGACGUGCGGCGUCGGCGGGAGGAGCGCCGUCGAGGUGGCCAACCACGUGCAGGUGGUGAUCUCCAAGGAGCUCAGGUACGAGUGCACGGGGUUUACCAGGAAGGACAAGUACAUGAAGCUCGCCAGCAAAGACGGCAGGGUCGCGAAUGAGUGUGAGCAGAAAGGCAAGAAGCUUGCCUGAAUUGUGGAACUGUAUAUAUGGACCAAUUAAUCGGUACUACCAUGGA